UGUGAGCUCCGAGCUCCGGGGGCUGCCUGCGGCAGUCCCUGCCCACCUAGCUGGGACCCUAGAUCGUUCUGUAAGCAACUUGGAGCCAGAAAGGAGAUCAACAAGGAGGAGAGAGCCAGGCCCCUCAGACCAGCCACCCAGCAGCAGCCUGUGCCCAGCGGACACAGACGGCCAGACUCAGGGCGGCCCCUCCUGGCAACUCUGCUUCUCCCAAAGGAUGCUUUGGGAGUGAGGCGAGGCUGGGCCGCUGCUCACUCGUGCAGCACCCCCCUCCUGCUCUCCUGCGUCUCAGGGAGCUUGCGAGGCUCCUGCUGCCCUUCUACCCAGCUGUUGCCCAUUUCGGGUCCAACAAAGUCUCUCUAAUAACAGGGAGAGGGCAGUAAGGCGGACUUCCUGGAGGGGGUGACAGCGCUCAGCCUGGGUCCCUACCCACAGCAGAAGCCAUGAGCAGCAAGGUGGCUGCUCAGCCUCUUGCUCUCUUCUUCCUUCUGGACUCUGCGCCUUCUUGGCUCCAUCAAUAAACAGGAGUCUGACACGCCACCUCCCUGCCCAGAGCCCAUCUGUGGCUCUCCAGUGCUGGAUAUCAUGCAGCUUCCAGAUGUGACAUCCACUCGGGUCCUCAAAGGCCAGUUGCUGUUGCUGCCCAUGCUGUUGCUGCUGGGGCCACAGACCUCCCAGGGCCUGAUCAUCAUGCCCCCAGGGCCAGAGCUCGUACUUAAUUUCUCAAGCACCUUCGUUCUGACCUGCCUGGGUUCAGAUCCAGUGGUGUGGGAACGGCUAUCUCAUGUGCCUCAGCAGAAAGUGGCCAGGAGCCAGGAUGGCACCUUCUCUAGCAUGCUAACCCUGACCAAUGUCACUGGCGCUGACACAGGAGAGUACUUUUGCACCUACAACAGUUCCCUUGGACUGGAGCCCAGUGAGAGGAAGCGGCUCUACAUCUUUGUGCCAGAUCCUACCAUGGGCUUCCUCCCAAUGGAGCCUGAGGACCUAUUCAUCUUUCUCACGGAAAUAACUGAGACCACAAUUCCAUGCCGAGUGACCGACCCCCAGCUAGUGGUGACACUGCACGAGAAGAAGGAGGACAUCCCACUGCCUAUCCCCUAUGACCACCAACGAGGCUUCUCUGGUACCUUUGAGGACAAGACCUACAUCUGCAGAACCACCAUUGGGGAGAGGGAAGUGGAUUCUGAUGCCUACUACAUCUACAGCCUCCAGGUUUCAUCCAUCAAUGUCUCGGUGAAUGCAGUGCAGACUGUGGUUCGCCAGGGUGAGAACAUUACCAUCAUGUGCAUUGUGACAGGGAAUGAGGUGGUCAACUUUGAGUGGACGUACCCCCGCAUGGAGAGUGGGCGCCUGGUUGAGCCAGUGACAGAUUUCCUCUUUGAUGUGCCCUCCCACAUUCGCUCCAUCCUGCACAUCCCCAAUGCUGAACUGGAUGACUCAGGGACCUACAUCUGCAAUGUGUCAGAGAGUGUGAAUGACCAUCGAGAUGAAAAGGCCAUCAAUGUCACUGUGGUCGAGAGUGGCUACAUACGUCUUCUGGAAGAUCUGGGCCCUAUACAAAUUGCUGAGCUGCACAGAAGCCGAACACUACAAGUGGUGUUUGAAGCCUACCCACCGCCCACUGUGCUGUGGUUCAAGGACAACCGUACCCUGGGCGAUUCCAGCGCAGGCGAGAUCGCCUUGUCCACGCGCAAUGUGUCGGAGACCCGGUAUGUGUCAGACCUGACGCUGGUGCGGGUGAAGGUGGCAGAGGCUGGCUACUACACCAUGCGGGCCUUCCAUGAGGAUGCUGAGGCCAAACUUUCCUUCAAGCUGCAGGUCAAUGUCCCUGUUCGUGUGCUGGAGCUGAGUGAGAGUCACCCUGCCAAUGGGGAGCAGACAGUUCGUUGUCGCGGCCGAGGCAUGCCCCAGCCAAAUGUCACCUGGUCUACCUGCAGAGACCUCAAAAGGUGUCCACGUGAGCUGCCGCCCAUACCACUGGGGAACAGUUCCGAGGAGGAAAGUCAGUUGGAGACUAAUGUGACAUACUGGGCGGAGGAACAGGAGUAUGAGGUGGUGAGCACGUUGCGCCUGCGCCACGUGGACCAACCACUGUCGGUGCGCUGCAUGCUGCACAACCCGCUGGGCCAGGAUAUGCAGGAAGUUACCGUGGUGCCACAUUCCCUCCCCUUCAAGGUGGUGGUGAUCUCAGCCAUCCUGGCCUUGGUGGUUCUCACAGUCAUCUCCCUCAUCAUACUCAUCAUGCUCUGGCAGAAGAAGCCCCGCUAUGAGAUUCGGUGGAAGGUGAUUGAGUCUGUGAGCUCCGAUGGCCAUGAGUACAUCUAUGUGGACCCCAUGCAGCUGCCCUACGACUCCACGUGGGAAUUGCCACGGGACCAGCUUGUGCUUGGACGCACCCUCGGCUCUGGGGCCUUCGGGCAGGUGGUGGAGGCCACAGCUCAUGGCCUGAGCCAUUCACAGUCCACCAUGAAAGUGGCCGUCAAGAUGCUGAAAUCCACAGCCCGCAGCAGUGAGAAGCAAGCCCUCAUGUCGGAGUUGAAGAUCAUGAGCCACCUGGGGCCCCACCUGAACGUGGUCAACCUGCUGGGGGCCUGCACCAAAGGAGGCCCCAUCUACAUCAUCACCGAGUACUGCCGCUAUGGCGACCUGGUGGACUACCUGCACCGCAACAAGCACAGCUUCCUGCAGCACCACUCGGACAAGCGCCGGCCGCCCAGUGCAGAGCUCUACAGCAACGCCCUGCCCGUGGGGCCGCCCCUGCCCAGCCAUGUGUCCCUGACUGGGGAGAGCGACGGUGGCUACAUGGACAUGAGCAAGGACGAGUCAGUGGACUACGUGCCCAUGCUGGACAUGAAAGGAGACGUCACAUAUGCAGACAUUGAGUCCUCCAGCUACAUGGCCCCUUAUGAUAACUACGUUCCCUCUGCUCCUGAGAGGACCUGUCGAGCCACUUUGAUCAAUGAGUCUCCAGUGCUUAGCUACACAGACCUCGUGGGCUUCAGUUACCAAGUGGCCAAUGGCAUGGAAUUCCUGGCUUCUAAGAAUUGUGUUCAUCGAGACCUGGCAGCCAGGAACGUGCUCAUCUGUGAGGGCAAGCUGGUCAAGAUCUGUGACUUUGGCUUGGCUAGAGACAUCAUGCGGGACUCAAACUACAUCUCCAAAGGCAGUACCUUCCUGCCUCUGAAGUGGAUGGCCCCGGAGAGCAUCUUCAACAGCCUCUACACCACCCUGAGCGACGUGUGGUCCUUCGGGAUUCUUCUCUGGGAGAUCUUCACGUUGGGUGGCACCCCUUACCCGGAGCUGCCCAUGAAUGAGCAGUUCUACAAUGCCAUCAAGCGAGGUUACCGCAUGGCCCAGCCUGCUCACGCCUCCGACGAGAUCUACCAGAUCAUGCAGAAGUGCUGGGAAGAGAAGUUUGAGGUUCGGCCCCCCUUCUCCCAACUCGUGCUGCUUCUUGAGAGACUGCUUACUGAGGGUUACAAAAAGAAGUACCAGCAGGUGGAUGAGGAGUUUCUGAGAAGUGACCACCCAGCCAUCCUUCGGUCCCAAGCCCGCUUGCCUGGAUUCCACAGCCUCCGAUCUCCUCUGGACACCAGCUCUGUCCUCUAUACUGCUGUGCAGCCCAGCGAGGGUGACAAUGACUAUAUCAUCCCCCUGCCUGACCCCAAACCUGAGACUGCUGAUGAAGGUCCACUGGAGGGUUCCCCCAGCCUGGCCAGCUCCACCCUGAAUGAAGUCAACACCUCCUCUACCAUCUCCUGUGACAGUCCUCUUGACCCUCAAGAAGAACCAGAGCCAGAGUCCCUGCCCAAGCCCCCCGUGGAGGCCCAGCUGGAGCUUGAGCCACCAAUGGAAACAGGCUGCCCUGGGCCUCGGAUCGAAGCAGAGGACAGCUUUCUGUAGGGCUGGCCCCCAUCGUGUGCCACCAGAAGCUCCCCUUCUGCCUCCCAGCACCCAGUGCCCCCAGCCUGACAUCCUGUCAGCCAUGCUGCUCCUGCCAACUGUCCUUAUGGGGAAGGCUUGUGUCCCUGACACACUGCACUCCAAGUCCUAGGGCUGGUUUAGGAGGCAAGGGAACUGCAGGGACGAUGACCAGCCUCUGCCUUGGGGAGACCAUGUGACUGAGACAGGCUCCUUCCCAGGGGACUCAGUGUCCCAAUACACUUGUAAGACAAAGAGUUGAGCUUGGGAGUUCACAGUCUAUCUGGGGUCUCCCCGGCUGACAAGUGGGGAGGCUGGAAUCUGAGGAGGAUCCUGGGUGAAUGAGGUGGUCAGUAACCUCUCUCUAUAGUCAGCUAGCCCUCAAGGAGCUGCAGGCUCGUCCCCACACUUCCAUCUGCCCACGGGCUGGGGAAGGGACCCCGCACCCCUGGCUCCUGGCUGAGCUGGGGCCUGCCUUGGCCAGUGUUGCUUCACUCUGAAGUCACCUCCCCUGACACUCGUCUCUGCUUUCCCAGGCCCGAGCUGGUCUGGGACCAGCCAUGCUUAAUGAAUGCUAUAAUUAGCGCUGGCAGCUGAACCGGUAGAGAACUCCCUGGCCUGCAGACCCAGACCAGAAUACCUGGGGCACACUCGCUGUGGACAGUGCCCUGGUCUUCCAGGCCCUUUGGUUCUGAGGCUUUUCCUCAUCAUCCUCAGUUUGCAGGCCCAGCUGACUACCAUCUCUGACAAAUGUGUUGAUGUGCCAGCAUUAUGUCCAAAUGUGUGCACCAGUAGUGACCCUGCUUCUGCACUGGACCUGCUGAGACCUUGGAGGAAUCCCUUGCCUUCUCUGAGUCCUUUUCCCCAUUGAAGAAUGAGCAAGGUGGACUCAUUCACUCUGAGUUCCCUGUCAACACUAAUAUUUUAGGAUAUUCCUGGGGUUUGCAUGCUUGUCCAGAUGAAGGAAGGCCAAGUAACGUAAGCCAUUGUCUUGCGGGGUCACUGGCUCUGGGUAGAUUCCAGAUGACACAAGACACUCUGGGCAUUCAGGAAUGUGCCCCUUACUCAGCUCCAAAUGCAGCUGCAUGAACCUUGAGGUGGAGUGACUGUCAGUUCCCAGGAAAGCCCCCAGUGGCUACUCCAGGUACAUGGGAGGACCACGAGACCCAUUUCAGCACCCAUGGUGAACUCCGGGGGUAUCCUGGGCAAGGGGGCAGGGAGGGAAGUCAUUACGUGAAGCAACCCACCACUGUCACCAAGGUGUUCCACAGGCAGAAUGGACAGUAAGGACAAUUUGUGCCAUGAAGGACUAGAGCCUUAAGAUGGGCGCCCCAGGAAAGGGGUACAAGAGGAGGGUACUGUGGGGGUUGCUGCAUUUGCUUCCAGCUGCCCCAUCCUGGAGGUAGUACCUGGUGGGGUAUGGCCUUGUCUCUGCCCAGGUGUGGGAGUGACACCUCACUGCCCUCAAACAAGUAGGCAUUGGUGGUACCAGGGCAGUGAGGGAUAUGUCCAUGACCCCCAGGAGGAGGAGGGCUGGCCAGGGGAUGAGGUAAGUUCAGCCCUUCUGGGCACAGUCCCCGUGCUGGUUGGCAUCUCCAACCCCAGGCCCCCAGAGACUCCCUCAAGGAGUCGAUUCUCACUACGGUACCAAAGAUGUAAUCACCUAGGUUUACAAAUAUUUUAGGACUCACACUAACUCACAUUUAUAUGUCAAAAGUGCUAACUUGUAUGCUGUUCAGUUUUCCUAUCUGUGUACUUUAUUUUUUAUAACGGAAAGAUUUUCAUAUGAAACCUGGUGCUUCCACUCACA